UUUGCUGUCCAGGGGAAGAGGAGGGGAAAGGGAGGGGAAAAUUUAGAACACAAGGUUUUUUUAAGGGUGACUAUUGAAAAUUAUGCAUGGAUAUAUUUUGAAAAUAAAAAGCUUUAAGUCUGAACAAAGUCGCAGAUAAUUAGUGGCAGAAGCAGGAUUUGAAUUGAAGUCCUCUGACUCUGAAGCCAGAGACUCCGGGGGUCUCAGUUUCUCUUUCUGUAAAAUAGGAAGUUGAAUCAGAGGACAGUAAUAAGAAUAGACAUUUAUACAGUGAUUUAAGAUUUAACAUAUAUUGGAUUACUUGCUGUGUAGGAGGGGGAAGGGAGGGAAAAAUUUAGAACACAAGGUUUUAUAAGGGCGAAUAUUGAAUAUUACUUAUCUGUAUAUUUUGAAAAUAAAAAGCUUUAAUUUAAAAAAAAAAGUUGAGCAAAGUCCCACAGACAGUUAGUGGCAAAAGCAGGAUUUGAACUUUGGCUGAAGCCAGAAACUCCCUGGGUCUCAGUUUCCCAUUUACAUGUGAUUUAAGCUUUGCAAAGUGCUUUCUUUAUAUACAUCAUUGCCUUUGACCCUCGCAACAGCAUUGUGAAGGAGAGUUCCUAUCUCAACCUCUUAGAUCUCUUAUAAUCAACCUUAUAAUCUUAUAAUCUCUUAUAUCAACCAUUUUUUUUUCAGUGUUAAUAUUUUAUUUUGGGUUUUUUCUGAGGCAAUUGGGGUACAGUAACUUUCCUGGGGUCACACAGCUAGGAGUCAGAGGCGGGAGUUGAACUCCUGACUUCAGGGCCGAGCUCUAUCCCUCUAGCUGCCCUAAGGGUUAAUGUCUUAAAGACAAAUGUCUGCCAGAAGGUACAUGACUUCUGCAGGGUGGGUGGGCAGAGUGCAAGGUCUUCCCGCUGCCUGGCUCUGACUCGCAAAGCUGUGGGUGCCCGGCCGAGCCCCCCGUCCUUGGGAGGAGUCUCCCAGCGGGCGCGGGGUCGGGGAGGGGGCCGGCCAUUCCAGGGAGUGGAGGGGUCACGGGCUGAGGAGUGGCUCUGGCAUGUGCUGACACAGGGGGAUUCCUGGCCCUGGGCGCUGCCCCCGGAGCAGUGGGAGGAGGGAGAGAAGCCACGGCUGGACAGAGGAGGAGCAGACGCCCGUCCUGGGAGUGAGACCUGCCUCCGGUCCCUGCUCUGCUCCUCACCAGCUCCACGGAAAAGCGGCGGGGCUAGAUUGGUGAUUCCGGAGACCCCUCAGAAUCCCGGGGGUCUCUAAGUCUCCGAGACCCCCCAGAGCAGAGAGUGCACCUGGGGCAGCGGAGAGGCUGGAGAUGGCCAGGGGAGCCCUGCGUGCCGGAAUCUUCCUGCAGCUGCUGGCGGCAGCCCUGCCGCAGACCUCGCCCCAACAGCACUUUUGGCUACUACCGGACAACGUGACGGUCGCCGCGGGAGAAGACGUGGUAUUGAAAUGUGGCGUCCGAGGCAGACAAGGCCAUGUGCAGUGGGUGAAAGAUGGCUUCGUGUUGGGCCCCAACCCCGAGAUCCCGGGGUUCCCCAGAUACCGCAUGACGGGCAGCCCUGAUAAAGGCGAGUUUCACCUCCACAUCUCCAAGUGUGACAUCACCGACGACGCAGAGUUCGAAUGUCAAGUCAGCCGGUCCGAGAGCAGCCCGGAGCUCAUCUCCCCCAGAAUCUCGGUCACCGUGCUGGUGCCCCCCCAGGUGGUCCAGAUGUCUCCAGAGGCCGGGAGCUUGGUGACCUGGGUUGCUGGAGAGGAGUAUUCGGUCACCUGCACCUCCGGGGAGUCUAAACCAGAAGCCAAGAUCCUUCUCCAUCAGGACAAUUGGAUGGUCCCAGACGUCUUCCCCUACACAAAUCCUGGAUCCCAGGAGAAAUUUGUCACCACGGAGGCCACGGUCAGGGUGACCCCCAAGCCUUCUGACAACGGGAAACUCCUGAUCUGUGAAGUGACCCACCCAGCCCUGAAGGAGUCCUUGAAGUCUUCCUUCACCAUGAAUAUUCUGUUCCCCCCCGGCCCUCCCGUCAUCGAGUGGCCCGGCCAGAUGGAGGGGAAAGCCAAAGCCGGACAGGACCUGGAGCUGCCCUGCGUGUCCCGAGGGGGGAAUCCUCUGGCCACCCUGCAGUGGCUGAAGAACGGAAAGGUGAUCUCCACGGUCUGGGAGACGGACCACAAGCAGGCCCUGGCCCGGAGCAUCCUGCCUCUGACCGUCCAGCCGGAGGAUAACGGGGCGCAGCUCAGCUGUGAAGCCCAGAACAGUGUGUCCCCCGAGGCUCAGCAGCACGUGAUCACGCUGCGCGUCACCUUCCCCCCCAGCUCCGUCAUCAUCCUGGGCUCCCCAAGCCUGGAAGAGAACAAGACGACGUCCUUCUCCUGCUUCACCAAGCCCAGUAACCCGGGGGUGCUGCUGCGCUGGUGGCUGGGCUGGCAGGAGCUGGUCCCCACCGAUGUCACGGUCACGGAUGGCCCGUUUGGGGGGCGAGUGACCAUGGCCAACAUCACCUACACCGGGCGCAGGGCCGACAACGGGCUGAUGCUGACCUGCGAGGCCUUUAGCGAGGCUUUUGCCAAGGAGACCCUCAAGAAAUCGGUCACACUCAAUGUGAAAUAUCCUAUCCAAAAACUCUGGAUUGAGAGUUUCCCUAAGGGAGACAAUUUCCGAGCCGGAAGCCAGGUGCGGCUCCUGUGUCUGGCCAUCGGGGGCAACCCGGACCCCUCCCUCUCGUGGUGCAAGGAUAAGAAGCUAGUGGUGGAGACCAGGUCGGGCAUGGAGCCGAGGUCCAGGAGCGUGGUGGAGAAGUCGGGGAACACCCUGUCCAGAGAGCUGCUCCUGAGGCUGGAGCCCAGCGACAACCAGGCCGUCUACACCUGCAAGACCACUUCCAACUGCAAGGCCACCGGCGACCACGCCUCGGCCUCCACCACGUUCCGCGUGCAGUUCCCUCCCAUCAACGUGACUAUUUCAGCCAACGCCUCCAUUCUGCGGCCCGGAGACUCUGUGAACCUCACCUGUGUCAGCCUCAGCAGUAACCCCCCCGUCAACCUGUCCUGGGAGAAGGAAGGGGAGAGGCUCCAGGGAACGGCCUUCAGGCACAGGCCAGCGCGGUUCAGGGGCUCGGAGGCCUCUGGGAGCGUGUUACUUCACGUGUCCUCCCAGGACCACGGGAGCCCGGUGAUGUGCAGGGCCAACAGUCCCGAGCUGCAGGAGACCGUGAGCGCCUUCUACCGGCUCCACGUGCUGUACCCCCCCAAGUUCCUGGAGGAUCAGGUCCUCAAGGUGGACGCCCAGGAGGGCGGGAGCGCGCUGCUCCCCAUUUCUGUGUCUGCUAACCCGGCCCCCGAGUUCUUCAACUGGAGUUACCAGGGCAUCAGGCUGAGUCCAGACGGGGGUCCCAGGUACCGCGUCCUCCCCGGGGGGGCCCUCAAGCUCUGGAACCUGACGAGGGGGGAUGGCGGGGAGUACCGGCUGCUCUGCCAGAACGCCGAGGGCGUCAGCGAGGCGAGGGUCAGGCUGGACAUCCACUACGCCCCCGCCAUCUGGAGCCUGCCCGAGGUCACCGAGGUGGAUGUGGGGGGCUCGGCCGAGAUCCUCUGUGGGGCUGACGCCAGCCCCGUCCUUCCCAGCAUGUUCCGGUGGGAGAAGCUGGGAGAGGAAGAACAAGACCUGGAGGACGUGGAACAGGUAUCAGAGGGACGGACGGGGCGUCUCCAGAUCCAUCAGGCGACUCUGGAGCAGGCCGGGCCGUACCAGUGCGUAGUGGACAAUGGGAUCCCGCCCCCUGCCAGGGGGGUCUCUCGGCUUGUUGUGAGAUUCGCUCCUGAGGUGGAACACCCCCAGCCCCUCACCAAGGUGGCCGCCGCCGGGGACAGGUCCAGCUCAGCCACCUUACACUGCCGGGCGCGCGGCGUCCCCAACGUCGCCUUCACCUGGGCCAAGAACGGGGCUCCUCUGGACCUCCAGGACCCCAGAUACACGGAGCACACGUACCACGAGGGCGCGAUCCACAGCAGCGUGCUCACCAUCGCCAACAUCACAGCGGCCCAGGACUACGCCCUCUUCACCUGCACGGCCUCCAACAGCCUGGGCGCCGACCACACGGACAUCCAGAUCGUCAGCAUUAGUCGCCCAGACCCUCCGAUGCGCCUCAGGGUCACGAACGUUACCCACAACUCCGUGGGCUUGGAAUGGAAAGCGGGCUUCGAUGGGGGCCUGGAGCAGAGAUUCCGCGUCAGGUACGAGGCGCCCGAGAGCCCGGGGCACCUCUAUGUGGACGUCUCCCCUCCUGGAGCCACCGCCUUCACCGUGCGCGGCCUUCGGCCUUCCACCCUGUACCACUUCUCUCUGCUGGCCACCAACGCCCUGGGGGACAGCGGCCUGGCCGACCGAGGGGCCCGGCUCCCGGCGACCACCCUAGGCCUUGAAGACUCUUCUGAGAAGUCGGACGACCAGGUCCCUGUAGAGUCUGAAUUCCCUGGGUGGUUCCUGCUCCCCAUACUCUUUGCCCUGGGGGUUCUGCUACUGCUGUCCAAUGGCUCCUGCAUAGGAUACGUGCUCUGGAGGCAGAAACAUCGUGGGCUUCCCUCGGAGGGAACCAAAGAGGAAAAGUCCGAGGAAGGGUCAGAGACAAGAACUGGAAAUGAAUAUGAAGAGAGCCGAUGGAGUGGCCGGCACACCCCAAGCACCACGGAGAGUUCAGCAGAGCUGGAGCCCUAUUACCAUUCUAUGAAAGACUUCAGCCCCCAGCUUCCCCCAACACCUGAAGAGGAACCUCAAUAUCGAGGCUUUUGGGGUCACGAAUAUGAGGAGGUGGCAGGCCCCGGGCCUGUCUAUGAUGAAGUUGAAAGGCUGUACCCCCUGUCUGGUGCCUGGGAAGCUCCCUACCAAGGAGCCCAAACGGGCACUUAUCAGUAUGGAGAAUGGCCCCAUGGAGCACGUGCGGAGUCAGGAAGGAUUUAUGACCUGGUGUCUGAGGACCUGCCUGGGGCAGGGGACAACUACCUGCCCUUCCACCUCAGAGGGGAAUUGGUCUAAGGUCUGAGAACUUGAAGCUCUUAGCGCUGCCCUCCAAUUGACUCUCAAGAUAGCGAUCGAUGCUUCUGGCCAGUAGGUGUGUCUGAAACAGCCCAUGGUCCUGCCACUUUGCAAACAGGCUAAGCUUGUCCAAUAAAUAAAGUACACCAGGA